UUGAUGACUCUGGUCUCAUCUUGAAGAAUUCCUUGGCAACAGUUACCAAAGCAAUUGCCAUCAAUAAUCUAACAGCUAUUGUUAGUGGUCUGGGACAGAUUCGAUUAAACCUGAAGGAUAUUCUAGCAGAUACCCGGACACUAGAGGAGAAGGUUGAGCAGCUGAAGGAUGGACUGGGGAAGGCCCAGGAGUCCCUGGUGGUGGCUCUAAGGGACUGUAAUGAAGAUGCUCGGUGUAACAGCUUUCUCAAGGAGUAUAAUCUAGAACAGGAUUUAGCACUCGCCGAGGAGUUUGUGAAUAUAAAGUUUAACAUGCCUGAUCUCGCCUCUACCCUACGAGGAGUCUCCGAUCUUAUUCAGAAUGAUAUUGAGAAGAAAGUAUUGAGCGGAAAGGCGGAGUUUGACAGUAUUGAGAAAGAAAUAGAGAAAUCAAUUGAUGAUAUUAAACCUAAGGUAAAACUGGAGAUUCGAGCACUAGGUGAAGAGCUUGACCGUCAGAACUCUGAGAUUCAAGCAGCACUGAGGGAAGUGGAUAUUGGGGUUAUACAGAAGGAUGUUCCUCUCAUUGAUCAUUACACACAGCAGUACUUUGAGUACAGGUACUAUAUUGGUAUCGGGCUCUCUAGCCUCAUCCUCCUGAUCCUCGUCUGUUUCGUCCUCGGCCUCUUCUACGGGAUGUGCGGGAAGAGAGCCGGAGGUCUCUACGGAGACGAAUGUUGUAAUAAGGGGACUGGUGCCAACUGCCUGGUAACUGGAAUUUAUCUCACGUUCCUUUUCUCAUUUGUUAUCAUGGUGGUGACCACAGCACACUUUCUUAUUGGAGCUUCAGUUGAGAAGGUUGUGUGUGAAACGUUAAAAUCUCCAAAUGACUCCGACUUGUUCCGCCAGGUUGAUCAGCUGUAUCUACAGCCAACUCUCUCAGAGAUCUUAAACCGAGGAAGACGAUCCCGUGAACACUACACAGCUGUAGAGUUGAUCAGAAGCUGUCACGCUAACCAGACAAUUUUCAGCAUACUCAAACUAGAGAAGGUUUAUAAUCUGUCUCAAUUAUCUAACUGGCGAGCUCACUAUGGUAUUGGAGAAUUUAUUGAAAACUUGAAGAAUAAGGUUCAGUUGGAUCAGUUAGCAGAUAUACGUCUGUUGUCUCCUGAAACUGCUGCUGAUCUACGGAAGUUGGCUGAUACUAAAAUAUCAGAUAUGGAUUUCACAAGAUUUAUGGAUCUUCUUGAAGAUCAGAUUACAAAGAUUGACCUGCGUAGUUUCAUCUCUAAGCUGCGUCAGCUGAAGGAGGUUUGGAGGUUUGAGGGCAGCACUAGAUUAUCCACUCAGAUAGAAAACCAGGCACUAUGGUUGGAAGGUAUGAAUAAGGUAGUUGCAGACAUGAAGGUUACUCUUAGACAUCUUAAGAGUAGUGUCAUCACACUUGCGAGUAGUUACCUGCGGGAGAAAGGCCCAACACUAGUGACUGAACUGACAACACAGUUUGCCGGAGAGAUAAUUGGGCUGAUAGACCAGUAUGCUACUAGGGUCAAUUCUAAGAUUAAACAGGAGGUUGGGUUCUGUGCCCCUCUCUCCACCAGUCUCAACGCUACCGUGGUGGGGCUGUGCAACGAGAUCGUGGAUCCCUUCAAUGGGUUCUGGGCUGCUAUUGGCUGGUGUUUUCUUCUAUAUCUGCCAGUGCUAGCUCUAGGAGUACCUCUCAUAUCCCUCUACAGGAAAUCUGAACCCUAUCCAGGUCCCCUGGUGGAGUCCCAGCCCCUGGAAUUGGGUAGCGGGGCGGAGAAUAAGAAUCGUAAGAAAGGGCACAGGCGGAAUCCGUCCGCCUUCCUCCCGGAGUAUACUCAUUCACGACCUACUCCGCCGCAGAACCAAUACUCGGACGCCAGGUACAGAGAUAUAGCUCCCAGGAAUUACGGGGCGGAGGAAGUGUCUCCGCCGCGCUAUACAAGUAACCCGUCACUGCCUGGUCCAGUACCUGGAGCUGGCGGAGAGUAUGAGCGUCCGCCUCCCUAUUACUAUCCGGGACCUCCGGAGUAAAUCCUCCGCCUGAAGUCCUCCGCCUCGAGUCCUUUGACCGGAGGCGUCGUCUUACUCUUUACUUAUUGAAAUAUGUGUACUCGUAUUGAAGUACUUCUUCCAAACUUGCUUAAAGUACUCCUAUUGAAGUACUCCUACCUAGCUUAGAGUACUCCUGCUUUGUACUCCUUCCAAUCUGCUUAGAUUCAAGUACUCCUAUUGAAGUACUACUUCCUAUAUUACCCAGUUUUGAAUUAUCUUUUAACCUAAUAUAGUUUUUGAAAGUACUCAGAUUUUGUCUACAUAAAUUUUACUUAGUUAAUAUUUGUACUGUUGUACUUAGAAUUGUACUAUUUGGAUGCACCGCGGAACUUUCUGCCUAGUGGUUGGCUAUCCUAUCUAUCCUGUCUCCAGAUUACAACACUGUCAAUAGAAAUCCUUAUAUCGUAAUAUACUAACAUUUUGAUCGAAAUACCGAAGAGCAGAAAACAUUUUGAAAUUGCGAACACUUUGUUCAAAACUUAUGAACAGAAUAUUACAAAUAUUUCACAACUUUUAAAAUUCAGAUUGUUAAAUAUAAAAUGUUCCGAAAUGUUUUCGAUAAGUUCGGUAUAGCGAACCUUAACGAGUCUUACCUAAUUUUACCACUUUAAUGGUGAAUCAUCCGACCUACUGCCCAUUAAAAAACUUAUUAUUAGAAAAAUUUAUAUUGUCGGAAAGAUGCAUAGAUCGUAUUUUGAAAUGUCUCAGCUGUAGAUUUUUAAUCUGUGAAACUUGAAACAUUGCUUGCCACUACUGUUAUAUAUACAGGGUGUCCUAAUAAACAUGACACCGGAGAGACGACCAAGGAUCGUCUUUGAUCAGUGGUAGCCAGAAAAAACUUUGUAUUAAUAGCCAUCAAAGACUAUCUUUGUCGUUUUUCAACUGUCAUGUUUUGUGGAACACCCUGUACAGUGUAAAUCCCUUCUUUUUAGUCGAAUUCUCCCAGUUUCAAACUAAUUUUUUAAGUUUCCAAGUUGAUCUUAUUUUUAAUCCUCUGAAUCAAAAAUCAAAUACUGAAUCAACAAGCGAGCAUAAAUUAUUACAAAUAUUUUGUAGUUUCAUUUUCAAGACAAUUCUGGAGACCAAAAAUAUUUUUUAUUUGCUUUAUUGAUUAAAAUAUUGAAGACAUUUUGCUGAUAGAUUAAGUAUUCAUUUUAAAUAUACCUCUCAUCGAUACAAGGGUCAUUAUUUGGAGGUUUUUUCCAGGAAUGAAAUUAUUUUCUGUAAUAAUAAACCAUUCAUAGAAAAUAAACCGUUUCCAGGGAGGAACACCUUGCAUGGAUAAUGGCCCCUUUUUCUUUGAAAAUAGAUCUUCCACAACAUUUUGUAUUAGUUAAGCUUUUUUUAAUUUAUAGUCUGAUUUUUGUGACAUAAUUCUGAUUUUGUAGCUAGGAAAAUUAUUAGAUAUUAAUGUUAUGAUUAUACAUUUUUGGAAACUUAAUUAAGAACAAUUUUUGAUAAACUUAAGAUUCAUUAUUGCAUUUACACCCUUUAAGAAUCUCAAAAUUUUUCUCUCUGGCUCAGAAAUUAAAAUCAAAAUGUUUGUCGUCUUUAUUAGAAGAAAAAACCUAGAAAAAU